AUGGCCUCAUCAGGUUUUGAUAACUUUGACGUAGAAUUAACCGAAGAGGAUAUUCCCGGUGCUUCCUUAGCUGGAAGAAUACCUUCUAAGCUAAAGAUGGACGAGCUUCGUUUUUGGUUAAAAUGUCGUGGUGAUUCGUGCAAAGGCCUUAAAAUGAAGGCACAAUUCGUAAAAUGGUAAGCUUAAAAAAUUCUACAUGUGUCAAUAUGGACUCGAUUUUGCGCUGUGUUGAUAUUAUGUUUUGGUUUUUCAUUGAAGGGUUGACGAGUAUGUAAAAUCAGGCCGCGACAAGAGCAUCGUUGACCCCGACGAAAACAAGAUAUUUUCGAAAAGAAAAGCGAGAAAACAAACUUCCCAAGAAAUCGAACCGGAUACUAACGAAUUGGAAAACACAUUAAAUACAAGUCGAGUUAUCUACCCGACAAACAGUUGGUCGACUUCUCUGAGUCGUAUGCCUUUAUUUACUCGUGCAGAGAUGAACUUGCAUAUCUCAAAAUCUGGCAAGUCCUUCUAUCCACAUAGCAAAAAUCAUACAGUUCCAACAUGUAUGAGAAGAGCCAAAACAUUUCUAGAUGAUGAAUACCUAAAAGACGUGUUAGCCAACAGCGACGAGAAACACUUUUAUUGUAAAUGUCUGUGCUAUCACAGCUUCAAAAAGAAUGAACCACCGCACAAGUUGAAGGUUGCUUUGGACAUUGUAUCUGCAGAGGUCAAAAAUGCCGAAUGUUCCUGUGUUGCAGGAAAGAUUGGUUUCUGUAAUCAUGUGUUGGCUUUAAUGUUGAAAAUAUGCAAGUUUAGCCUUUAUGAUUGUAAAGAUGUUUCUGAAUUAAAUAAAGACGAUGACAUGCUACCCACAGAAGCUUGCACGUCUAGUUUACAGACGUGGCACAGAAAGGGUAGAGGAGAUUCUAUACAGCCGCAACCAGUUAUGGAAGUUAAUGUAAAGAAAACGAAGCUUGAUUAUAACACUUCGAAUUCCUCUGGUAGUGAAUCUCUACGUAAAAAAUCAGGCGUCCAGUGUAACUUGUUCGAAGCUCGGGCAAACUUGAGGACCCAGAAAAAAGAUGAAUUAAAUUUACAGCAAAAUCUUGAACGAUUACACCCUUCGACGGCUUUAGCACAAAUCAUGAAUGAUGCUGAUCAUGCUGGUGAUCAAGAUGACUAUGUGGAAACAUUGUAUGGUAAGAGUCCGAGAGGGUCUUAUGCAAGCUAUCAACUUUCCUUAACAGAGUCUAAUUUCAAUGUUUUCUGUGACAUAAAUUCUGUCUCAAGAAAAACUCUACAUGAUAAGGAAAACAUUGACACAACCUUAUAUCCAAUCUUUCCAAUUACUGAUAUACCUGAUUUUAAAUGCCCAAACAGUUGCAGUCAAUCUGAAAAGAAGUUUAUCGAACAAUUAUGUGUUACUGAGGGCAAGCUGAAUGAUAUUGAAAAGAAAACAAGGGCUCAAGCCCAGUCUGCAGAAUGGAAAUGUGAAAGAAAGUACAGGUUAACUGCCUCAAACUUUGGACUUAUCACUAAAAGGAAAAGAAAUCAUGAUUCUCUUGCAAAUAACUUGCUCAAUCCAAAGCCCUUUAAUUCAAAGUACACAGCCCAUGGCAACAAGUAUGAGUCAACUGCAUUGCAACAAUACCAGAAAUAUAUGCAUGCAAUUGGAAAACCUGUAGUGUUAUUCAAAUCAGGGUUUGUUGUAUGCAAAGAUGCACCUUUCCUUGGAGCUUCUCCAGAUGGGAAAGUUAUUGAUGCAGGAUGCAGUGAACCCUAUGGUCUUGUCGAGGUAAAAUGCCCUGAGACAAAAUACAGGGUAACUCCUUUAGAUGCCUGUUCAGAUCCAAAGUUUUGUUCACAUGAAGUUGCUGGAAUACCACAACUCAAGCAUGACCAUGAUUACUAUGCUCAGAUACAAGGUCAACUAGGAGUAACACAAGCAAAGUGGUGUGAUUUUGUUAUAUAUACUGACAAGGGACUCAGCAUCGAGAGAAUUAAAUAUGAUCACCAGUACUGGAUAAAUAUGAGAAAUAUGUUGCAGUCAUAUUACUUUGAUCAUUUCAUCAAUUUGGCAACUACUGAAUACAAUGCACAAUAG